UAUUUAGAAAACUGGUCACUCAACACAACCACUCAAUCCCCUCGCACACAAAAAAUAAAAUACAAAGUACUAAUCUUUUCCGAUUAGAGCAUACAAUGGCGUCAACGAUGGAAGCAUGGCUUGCUCAACUAGAAAUGGAUCAAAUUCAUAAUGUAAUCGAAAAUAGCUGUUAUCAGCAGUAUCAAGAGAGUGAAACAAUGGAAGCUUGUUUUGAUGAACAAGUUGCUGAUGCUGCAGUAAUUGGGGAGGACUUCCGGUACUCUGUCUACGAUACGAGCGACGACACCGCGUCUCCUCCGCUAGAUUUUCUGGUCGACCAAUUCAUAACAACUCCUCAUAUAUCCGAUGAUAACAAUAUCAAAAAUGAUGUUGAAGAGAGCCAACCACCAUCAAAGGAGCAAGCACUGAGAGGAGUUAGAAAGAGAAAACGACAACCAGGCAAAGUGCAAGAUCACAUUUUGGCCGAGAGGAGACGCCGCGAGUUACUCAGUCAGCUCUUCAUUUCCCUCUCUGCACUUGUUCCCGGUCUUAAAAAGAUCGACAAGAUAUCAGUGUUAGUAGAAGCAAUCAAACAUAUGAAGCAACUUCAAGAGAAAGUAAAGGUACUUGAAGAAGUAGCUGCAAAGAGAACAGUGGUUGUGAAAAAAUCUAAAGUGAUGGUUGACGACAAUAAUAACAGCAGUGAUGAUAAUGUUUCUUCGUCGACUGUGGCAGACGAUUCUCCAAAUGCAAGCAGUGGCAGUAGGGGUAAUGGUGGUGGUGGUGGUGGCGGUGGCGGUGAUAAUGUUUCUUCGUUUCCGGAGAUUGACGUUAUGAUAUCCGGCAAGGCCCUCCUCUUAAGAGUUUAUUGUGAAAAGCAGAAAGGGAUAGUAGCAAAGUUAUUUGCAGAGAUAGACAAACAUGAUUUGAAAGUUACUACUUCUAGCGUUAUACCAUUUGAGAACCUAGCACUAGACAUUACCAUCGUCGCACAGAUGGAAAGGGGUUUCAACCACAAGAAUGUGAAAGAUUUUGUUAGAACUCUUCGCAAAGCCCUUCGUUUAGCGAGCUACCAAUGCAAUGAAUCGAGUGAAGAUGAACAUUAAUUGCUCAUAGCUUGAAAUUACAAUAGUUUAGCUGAUAUUUACGGAAUACUAGUAGUAGGGUGGUAUAAUUAAGUAGGACAAGGCCGAUUACUCCCAGAUUUGUUUUUCUUAAAAAAAUUGUUCUUGUUUUGUCUUUACCGACUUUUCAUGAUUAAUAAAUUGAAAAAUCGGUUUUUUCAUGAAAUACCCUCGAGGUUUCGCGUAAUGCACCAAAUACACCCGCGUGUUUCAAAAUACAUAAUAUACCCCUAUUUAAACUUAUUUGCACUAAAUAUCCCUGAACUUAACGGAAGUCUAACGCCGUUAGUGAUUAACCCCAAAUCUGUUAAUUAAACCUAAUUAAUUAAAAAAUUAACUCCUAAUUAACUAAUUAGCCCCCAAUUAACUAAUUAACUUCAUCUCCUUGCUUCUCUUCCUCCUCCUUCCCACCAUCACUCAAUUCAACACCACCAUUCUCCAGCAUCCCAACCCGACACCACUACCCCAACCGGCGGCACCACUACCGACCUCCCACCACCACCACUACCGAACUUCCACGCCCAUCUCCACCUACCUGGGGAACCGCAGCAGAGGCAGCGACGGUGGUGGUUCGACUCGCUCAUUUCUACCCACAACCGCCACCACCCUUAAUCAAAAGUCCCCCGUAAACCCCGCCGGCAAACCAACCUACGCUACUUCAUGUGGGCCCAAGCAUGGUGGAUCGGCUCGCUCAUUUCUACCCUCAACGCCCAAUCUGAAGACCCAGAAACCCUAACCCCUAAUUGAUCAAACCCUAACCUUCAUCUUCUCUUCUCUUUCCCCAUACUAUUAAUGGGAUUAUGGAAAAACAAAAUUGGUGUUUGGGAUGAUUUGUGAUGAUUUGCGAUGAUUAAGCACAAAUAAUGGGAUUAUGGAAAAACAAAAUUUGUGUUCCCGGCGGUACUUUGAAGGCGGUUGAAUUUGGGAUGUUCUAAUUUUAUUUUGGUUUGUUCUUGUAAAUUGGUGUUGUGUGGUUUCAUAUUAGAAUUGGGUUUGAUUUGUUAUCUGAUUUCUUGUAAUGUAUCCCUUCCCCUCUCAUUCGUUCAAGCCAAUUCCAUGGUAGUUAACCAUGGAUGUCCUUUAAUCGAAGCCCAGAUCCUCCACCAUUGUCGUAGUAAAGCUCACAACUCCCUCCACUACUAGCAGCAACUGCGUUCGACUUCGACGAAGCCCACACGUAAUUUAGUGUUAAUGGUGAUGGGGUAAAGGUGGAGAGAUGAAAAAUGAGAUACUUCGUGGAGAGUUAACAGAAUUGGGUUGGGUUGUGGAGGCAUGGGUUCAUGAAUAGGGAGCAAGAAUAGGGGACGGUGAGGUGCGUCGGCGGCUCUGACAUGUCAAGCGAGGGAGCCGGAGUAUGCCGACGUGACGCAAGGGCCAGCGAAGGUGUUUGCAGGUACGGUGGUUAUGGUAUUAGGACGACAAUGGUGGAUUGGUGUUUGUUGUAGUUAGGUAGUUAUUAGGAUUAGUUUAGGAUAGUUUAGAGUUAAUUAGGUUUAAUUAGGUUAAUUAAGGGGUUAAUUAGAUUAAUUAGAGGUUAAUUACUAACGGCGUUAGACUUCCGUUAAGUUCAGGGGCAUUUGGUGCAAAUAAGUUUAAAUAGGGGUAUAUUAUGUAUUUUGAAACACGCAGGUGUAUUUGGUGCAUUAUAUGAAACCUCG